UUUUUCAAAUACUCCACCAAAUUCCAAAUACGGAAAUACCUAUCUGCAUUCUAAACCUUUCCUUCUUAAUCUAAAUUUUAAAUUCCGCUUUAUAAUUUCUAUCAAUCGUUCAGUUUUAAUUUUAUUUAUAAUUUUCCUAAUCGUUAACUUGAUUUUUCUUUCUGUUAUUUCUUUUUACAACUUUUACUUAGGUUAGUGAAAUGACGACUAUAAAAGUAAGGGACGAACAAGAAAUUAUAAACAAACUCGCUUCGUACAUUGAAAAGAUAUCAAAUGAUGCCAUAAACAGUAGAGGGAGAUUUUACGUCGGCCUAUCAGGAGGCUCCACUGUAAAAUAUUUGUGCGAGAGUUUACCCAGAGUGGAUACUGAGUGGUCGAAAUGGGUGCUGGCAUUCUGUGACGAGAGAGUAGUGGCGGAAGACAGUGAAGACUCCACGUUUGGUACAUACAAGCGGCGGCUGAUUCCAAAAACAGGGCUAAAGAACAGUCAGUUUAUAGUGUUGAAGCAGGGUGUUACAGCUCAAGAAGCAGCCGUGGAAUAUACGCAACAACUGAAAAUAGCUUUCAACGGUGAUAAUUUCAAAUUCGAUCUCCUACUGCUGGGGAUGGGCCCUGAUGGCCACACGUGCUCUCUGUUUCCUGGCCAUCCACUCCUGGACGAGGUCAAUUUACCAGUGGCGGCGAUCACAGACUCCCCAAAACCACCACCGGAACGGAUCACACUUACGUUCCCUGUUAUAAAUAACGCUAGAAACUGUAUUUUUACUAUAAGCGGUGGCGAAAAAGCAGAUGUGGUUAAGCGAAUAUUAAAAGACAAAGAAGACCUCCCCGCUGGAAGAGUGAAUCCCAUAGCUGGCUCCGCAUACUGGAUCGUGGACGACGCAGCGGCAGCGAAAUUAUAAUAAUUAUAAGGGAAUGAGCGCACGGGCUGACAUGUCUACGUGACUAAUGUUGGGAUGGUUAUUAUAGGGUACCCAUACACGGAGCGACAGUCGCAAGAAUCUGUCGCAUGCAUAUAACCUUCAGUUAUUUGAGAACCUCUAAAAUAUCUGAUGCAAUUUCAAAGAUCUUUUAAUCGGUUACGCAGUUAUGCUAUUGUGAUCGGCUUCGACCGUCGUCAAGCGCAGUGUUGUCAAUCUCCCCUAGUUAAGGAAUUGAUAGAUACAGCGUCGCUACCGCGCGCAGGAAAUGGCGACUUCUGGCAUCUCGUUUUUUCCCGUGUAAGCGUUAAUCGAAACAAGUCUAUUGAUUUGUUUAUUUGUCUAUUAGUUUAAAUUUUUGGGCAGAUCUAGAAAUUUUUAGCCAUUAAAAGAUAUGUGAAUUGAAACUAUUCGGCAACUAUUUGAAAUAUUUUACUUUAUAGUUAUAUGGUAACACUGAUAUGAUGUUAGCCUCCUGAGUAUACCCAUCACACUUUGUUAAAGAAUCGUUACUACCUCCGUAUAUAGGGAGUUUGAGAGUGAUAAAAUGUAGCCGAGAUAAGUCACCUCGUGCGCUGGUAACCUAUAGUGUUGUACUGUAGGUACAUCUAUGUUGUCAUUGCAUUAAAAACAAAUCACAUUGUCAAUAAGUUUAUUUCUCAUCUAAUAACAUCGCCACAAUGUUUCUUCAUUAACUAUAUGUACAGAUUAUGACGUCUUGUGCAUUACUUGUUUUGUCACUUGUGCGUCGCUCACUUGUCACUUGUGUGUCGAUCGCUUGUCACGUGUGUCAUCAAGCGUGAUUCCACCGUUGUGGACGUGUAGCCCUGCCCCUUUAAUAGAUUUAUGACAUCACACUUUCAUAGUGUAUUGAGGCUGAUGUUAUAUCAAAAACUUUUAUAACUUUCAUGAGCGAACCAUUUCAUAUUUUAAGGAUUUAUUAAUUUAAUAGCGUUCGCACCGCGGGUUUGUCCACGUGGAACUAUACACUGUGUAAAAAAAUGUUAAUCAGGGCGUCAUAUAUUUUGUAAACCUCUUUUGUACGAAUAGACUAUAUUGAUCAUAAGCGAGUUCAUACUCAGUCUUGCAUUUGGCUAAUUUUUGGGUGCUUGAGAGCAUAACCUAUUUUGAGGGCUGGACCCGCGCCUGUGUCAUAGCCACUAAUGUGUCAUAGCGUCGACGUUGACACAAGUGCGUCGCUGGGUUCCUUACUUGUAUUGCAACAUGUCGAGUUGUCACUCCGGUGUCUUUUGGUACUAGCGUGUCAUUUGCAUCGCCGUCUAUAUGUGUUAAACGAACCUGAUGCUUGUUGAUUAACAAUACCGUUAAAUGGUAGCUUAUAAUUUUUACAAUAUGACUUUUUCAUUUUGUCCCUUCAUUACUAUUCAUGUUUAUAAUUAGUUGAUUGUUUAAAUAAUUAAAAAUGAAUCUUAAAAUUUUAAUAAACUGUUAAUAUUUUGUUAUAUCAAGGAGCUGAAAUCAAAUUGGCGUAUUACUUUGCUCACUUCUAUCUCGAUUACACCACGACCGGAGUGGCCGAUAGAAAUGUAUGCUAGAAAGUGACAAGUGAUCUUCCAUCCUGUUUACUCUCAGCGGUGAUGUUGAGACUGAUACUAGUUCGUUCUAAAUCAAAAUUAACAUUGUGUAACGUCGGUUUGAUUUUAAGCUACUUGUUUGUUAUAAGGAAGUUUGUUGUUAUCAUUCCAAUGUUGUACCACUGUGUGGUAUAUUUUUAUAUGUCAUUACAUUCCUGUUAUAUAAAACCAUUGAAUUGGCA